UUUGACGGGAUACCUACAUCCGGUGAAGGGGUCCUCAUAGCGCGGCGCGGUGUGUGCACGGACAAGAAAAAAGAAGUCGCGGUUAAGUUGGGACGCCGUUAGCUGGUGAACAAUCUAAUAUUUUCAACAUGUCUGGAAGAGAAGGAGGAAAAAAGAAGCCUCUGAAGGCACCCAAGAAAAAUGCGAAGGAGAUGGAUGAUGAUGACAUGGCCUUCAAGCAGAAACAGAAGGACGACCAGAAGGCUAUGGAAGCCUUGAAGGCCAAGGCUUCAGGAAAAGGACCUUUAACUGGUGGAGGAAUCAAGAAGUCUGGGAAGAAAUGAAGCACUGUAUAGACCUCGUUAAAAAACCUGGGGAAUACCUCAGAGUAAUUUCCCACUUUUUAUUUGGGUCCAGAUUUGGAAUAUUUUUAAUACACAUAACAGGAUGACUUCAUGUCUCUUGUGAAGAGAAAUUAAAAAUAAAUUUCUUGGCAUCUAGCAAAACUUCACAUUUGUAAAGUAGUGUGACUGAUUGAACAAAACGUUGUUUAUUAAUAGCAUGGGUCUAGCACUGUACUUGCACUACAUGUAACAGCAGUGGACCACUGAGAUGUAUAGGCAUCUAAUGGGCAUCCUGGUGCCCCAGCUUGGCCAUUUUAAGCCUUAGCAUCUGAAUCUCCAAGCUCAGCUUCUCGCGCUCAAGCAGAAGGUUUCCCUUCUUUAUCUCCUGUAGGUCCUCUCUCCACCCUGGGAAGUCCAACAGUUUGGUCUCGUCAACAGCUUUUUGUUCCCCGGUACCUGGAAAAAAUACCCAAGAGCUACGCUUUAUUUUUAUGUUAUCCAAAUGCCCAAAUCUCGAAAAAGAAUUCACUCCCAUUAUUACUUAAUCUUGAUGCCUGUGUACUGAAAUUCAUUGUAUAGAUGUGCAUUUUGUUGUUGCUGGUGUGUGUGUGUGUGUGAUUUUUUGUUGAAUGUCUGAGGGUAUGGGAGUAAAAUGGACUUGGUGAAGGGGAAUGUCUGAGAAUAAACUACAGUCAUGCUGCUUA